UUCUUCCACACUCAGCGUCUCCUCACCGCCACUCUGCUGCAUCUGCGACUGCCGUUAAAGGACACAUCAAGCGGUCAAACCAACGCAUUCAUACAGCGACCUCCUGGAGAAAUAUGCUGUAUAAACAGUAACCUUUAAACGGAAAUAACUGCAAUAUUAUAAUACUCAAGAGAAGCUUUUCCCCAGUGGAACUUCCAGACCAGUUAGAGUCCACCAUGUUGUCCAGGUUGACGACAACCUGGUCCCUGAGGCCCUGUGUCUCUCUUUGCAGAUGGGCACACACCAAAGAGAAGGGCAAGCCCCUCAUGCUUAGCCCUCGCACCAACAAAGGCAUGGCCUUCACUCUACAGGAGCGACAGAUUUUGGGGAUACAUGGUCUGCUGCCUCCCAAAGUGGAGACUCAGGACAUUCAGGCCAUGCGCUUUCAGAAUAAUCUCAAGAAUAUGACUGAUCCCCUGCAGAAGUACAUCUACUUGAUGGGCAUCCAGGAAAGGAAUGAGAGGCUUUUCUACCGGGUGCUGAUGGAAGACAUCGAGGAAUUGAUGCCAAUUGUUUACACUCCCACUGUAGGCCUGGCCUGCACACAUUAUGGACACAUCUUCAGAAGACCCAAAGGUUUGUUUAUCUCCAUUCGGGACAAAGGACACAUUCGUUCCAUCCUAGACAAUUGGCCAGAGACUAAUGUUGCAGCGGUAGUGGUUACUGAUGGAGAGCGUAUUUUAGGACUAGGGGACCUGGGUGUUUAUGGAAUGGGCAUCCCUGUUGGAAAACUCUGCCUCUACACAGCCUGUGCCGGCAUUAGACCUGAGAGAUGUCUGCCUGUGGCCAUAGACGUUGGCACCAACAAUGAGACUCUUCUCAAAGACCCGCUGUACAUGGGCCUGUACCAGGAGCGCGAUCGUUCUCAGGUCUACGACGAUCUGAUUGAUGAGUUCAUGGAAGCAGUGGUGGAAAAAUACGGGCAGGGAACACUCAUCCAGUUUGAGGACUUUGGGAACCACAAUGCCUUCCGCUUCCUCAGGAAGUACAGGGAGAAGUACUGCACCUUCAACGAUGAUAUCCAAGGCACUGCAGCUGUAGCCCUUGCUGGUCUGUUAGCAGCUCAGAGAGCCAUUGGCAAACCCAUCACUGAACAUCGAGUGCUUUUCUUGGGAGCUGGAGAGGCUGCGCUUGGUAUUGCCAACCUUAUUGUCAUGGCCAUGAUGGAGAAAGGAAUGACCCAAACUGAGGCCAGAAAUAAGAUCUGGAUGUACGAUAAACAUGGCUUACUUGUAAAGGACAGAGAGCAGGAAACUGACUCUAACCAGGAGGCGUUUCUCCAUGAUAGUCCAGGGAGCGUGCAGAGCUUCCUGGAUGCUGUCAACACCAUCAAACCCACAGCUAUCAUUGGUGUUUCCGGAGCUGGACGUCUGUUCACUCACGAUGUCAUCAAAGCCAUGGGAGCUAUAAACGACCGGCCAAUCAUCUUUGCCCUGAGUAACCCAACCACUAAAGCAGAGUGCACAGCAGAGGACGCCUACACACUUACUGAUGGAAGAUGUCUUUUUGCCAGUGGCAGUCCUUUCGGUCCAGUGACUCUGAGCAAUGGGCGCAUCAUCACUCCUGGACAAGGGAACAACGCUUACAUCUUCCCAGGUGUGGCCUUGGCUGUGAUCCUGAGUGGAGUGAGACACAUCAGUGACACAGUGUUCCUCGAGGCUGCCAAGACCCUUGCAGAGCAGCUGACCGAUGAAGAGCUGGAAGAAGGCAGACUCUAUCCUCCGCUCUCCAACAUCAGAGAGGUCUCUGUCCAGAUGGCUGUCAAGGUGGUGGAGUUUGUCUAUGCUAAAGGCAUGGCAUUUCGCUACCCUGAGCCUGUGGACAAGGAGAGCUUUGUACGUGCUACUGUGUGGGACACCAGCUACGACUCCUUCCUGCCAGACACUUACGAAUGGCCAGGUGUCAGCUACAGCCCCAAGACUGACUAGAAAUAGACCAAACCCUCACCUUUGUUUUACACUUCACUCUUAAUCGCAGGUCUUUUCAGAGGAUCAUAAUUAUCUUAGUGCAAUGAUCUGUUUAUUAAAACAGACAGUAAUAAGUAGUGCUUCCAUGUCACUGUAUGUGCACUAAAUCACUCUGACUAGAUCUGUGAAAAAGGUAAAGUGGAAAGUGACAUUUGAAAGAACAAAUUUAAACAGAAUAUUACAAUUUCUCUUAGAAUCCUAAUUCUUUAUCCCCUCUGGAUCCCAUGUAACCUGACAUCACAUGAAGGGCCACCUGGGGGUGAGAUAAGGCAGUGUGGAAAUCUGCUUUCAUUGUUGAAGACUCAAAAAACAUUAUGAAUGAUCAGUACUCAGUUUUGCAACAAAAAUAACUGAAAUAAUAUCCAAAUUAGUUUAUUACAGUAAAUUACAAGAAGACAUCCUAGAGUUGUAAUACCCUUGCAAAAAGGAACAAAAACACCAAAUGCUACACUCCGCUUAAGGUCAAGAUGGGUUUUCACAAGAUACUACAAAUGAGUCCAUGAUCUGUGUUUCUUUUUAGUCAUUUAUAUCCUGAAAAAGAGUUACCCUUUUGUCAGAAUAUAUCAUGUAAAAUAUUAUUAUCCUUACCCAUUUGAAAGGGAAACUCCAUAUUUAAUGUAAAGAUGAGUCUUAUUUGAUGCAAAAAGUUGUUGUUCUGACACAGGUUAGUCUUUGGUGAGCACUAACGACUGCUAUGACUAUAUGGCUACCUAAAUAUAGCCACAUUUAGGGCACACAUUAGCAUAAAGUACGGAAAUUGCCUUUUUCUCACAUGAAGUGUGCCUCCGGGCUCUUCACUGAUCCUUCUUAACCCAUGCAUACAACGGGCUUCAUGGGUUAUCAGUUAUCAGUUCUGGUGUAGCAGAGGGCUAACAAACGAUGUUACUCAGGAGAAAUUACGAUCUCAAGAAAGACUUUGAAAAAAAAAAAAGAGCUAUUAUGAAGGAAAAUUAAAAAACAUUCAAGGAACCAAUGUCUGUUCCAGCAUAUUAUGUGUUUGAAUGCAUUUGUCGAAUUGUAUUUAUUUCUCUAAAUGUAUUUAAUUUUAUUUUCAAGGGAUGUUUUAAGAUGCUUUACCCUUGUGCUGUAUAUUCAUUAGAAACCCUGACACUCCUUUAAUGAUUGUGCAAAGAAGCAUCUAUCCCUAAAAAUCAACCUCUUUGGCUUAACUGUGAUAUAACAACCACCUAACUACCUAAAUGUGUAGUUCACAUUUUGCAGUAUAAAAUCAUUGGAUAAACAGUAUUUUCCAUUACAAAUAUAUUUUGUGUACUGUACAGACUCCUUUGCGACUGUUUACUGAAGGAGGAUUUAUAAAGUUGUUUAGAGCAUCCAUGUGUGUUGCGGCAGAUUGGUGUGUGGGUUUCACUCCUUGGAACUUAUUGAACAAACUUAAAAACAAGGUUCAUAUUCAUGGUUUUGCUUUAUCCUGAUCAUUUAUUUUAACUGAUAUCACUAACGCAAUUAUUGCAGAUCAACACAAGAAAGAUUUGUUUGUAUAGAUUCUGGGUAAUUGCAAGUUCUGCUCAUAGAACAUAACAGACAUUUAAAAAAAAAGCCAAUAUAAAAAGACAUCGGCAUCAAUUAGAUUUAAAAUGAAUAUGUGCUUGAAUAGAAGGAAACCAAUCCCAGUUACUUGCAGGUGUACAAUUUGAAUAUAUAGCUCAUAAAUUGAAUUUAAAUAAAUAACAAGCAGUGGUAAACAGAGGAUUUAAAGGAACUGGGAUUCUGAGCAGACCUCAUGUCCUCUGACAGGCUACUGCAGUAUAUAACAGUUGGUAAUUCAGAGUACUUCAAUCAACUCAAAUGUGAGAAACCAUUACCAUAUAGCCUACCCUGGACACAAACACAUACCUUCACAGCUAAAAUUGUGUUUUAUUCUGAACAAUUAUCUAGCUACAUUAAAUUUACUUUGUAUUUAGUCUAUUCAUUUCUAAGGGUUAUCUUAGAUAAUGUUUUAAAGGGCAUUGCAGGCCCGUAGCCAGCAUUGUGGUGGGGGGGGAUCUUUUCCCCCCGAAAGUGGACUUCAUUUGGCUCCCUACUCCAAUGCCCCCUAAAUACACCAGCACACUUCAAAUCUUUUAAUUUAGACAUAUUUUAUUCAUCGUCAAGUUUGUUGUGAGUCUGUUGUUGCUGUCCUUCAUUUUUUGUCUGUUGCUCCCCACUGUUAACAUAAAUGGACAUGAAUUGCUUCAAUUGAGCUAUCUCUAUAGUCAUUAAAACUUUAACAAGAAUGAAGAAUUUGAUAUAAAUGUAAGUGUUACUCAAACUUCCUACAUCUGUGAUUGUCUGUCUCUGUUGCUCACCUCAGUUGUCUGUUGCUUUCUUCCAUUGCCUGUCUGUUGCUGCCCUCCAUUGUCUGUCUCUGUUGUUGUUCUGUCUGUCUGUUGUUGCUGUCCUUUAUUGUCUAUCUCUCCACUGUUGACAUAAAUAGAUAAGAAUUACUUCAUGAAGUACACUAUCGGUAUGGUCAUUAAAACUUAAACAUGAAUUAAUAAUGAUAUAAAUUGAAGUGUUCCAGAAAAGAGCUUUCAAACAGCAUCAAAACCAUCUCUUUGUAAUUUAAAUUGACAUAAUCAAGGUUGAAUGUGUAGUGCCCUACCCUCUUACUUAAAACAUUCUUAGUCCA